CAAAAGCUUCGCAAUCUCUCUCUUCCUUCUCCUCCCCCUCUCUCUCUCUCUCUAAAAUCGGAGAGAGAGAGCAAACUGCGAUUCCUCCGCUGCAUCGCCGAGCGCGCGCGCGCGCGAGGGAGGGGGAGGCGCAUCGGACGGCAUGAGGGCGGCGGCGACUCCCGUCCUUCUUUCCUAGGGUUCUCAGCCGUCGCCGGAGCCGGCCCAUUGGCGAAGGCUCUCGUCGGCCUCUCUCGUUCCGACGUACAUUGCUUCGAUCGGCGGCGGCGUUUUCCGUUCUUCUGCUCUUUUCGGAGUUCGAUCGGGUUCGUCUCGUUCUGCUGCUUCGCGGGGUUCGCCGUUUCGACGCGGUCGGUGCGAGCUGGAGUUCGUGCAGGUUGAGAUAUAUGUUAGACCGUCACUAUGGUUUGCCCAGUUGGGAGUGGGAAAAUGGCUGUUUUGGCUCGGGUUCUUGCGGGAGGCGGUUUCUCCAAUACAGCAGAAGAGGAAGUUAGCCAUCAGAAAUUAUUGGCUCAGCACAUUUUUAAGGAAUUUCGUGACACUGAUGAAGCAAAUUUGCUCGAUGAGGAAGACAUGCAUGUAUAUGGUUUGAAGCCUAUGGCUGAUCAACUGCAUUUGGUAUGUUGCAAUGCAUGUAAGAAGCCAAUCAAGGCCAGUCAAUAUAUGGCUCAUCAAGAUAUCUGUAGGUUAUUGAAUUCUACACAAGAAGCUGUUUUGGAGCCUAAUGGCACUGGAAGGGGCAAAAGACCACCUAGGAAGGAGAGGAAAAAGUCCACCACUCCCAAGCAGGGACUCACUAUUGGAGAGCAAGGGAAUUAUGAAUUUGUGAAGGAUACCAUCACUGUUGAACCACAGUUUCGUUAUAAUGGAAACCAGCAAUCAUCUUCUUUAUGUUUGGAGGUCAAAGGAAAUUCAACUAGUCAAGUUGUUCCAAGAAGUAAAGAUGAUCCAGGAGUUAUCCCUAGAAAUGCUGAUGAGUCAGCAAGUCAAAUGCAUCCUCCUGUGAAACGUUCUAGAUUGAUAGCAGGGGAGCAUAUGUCAGAAACAGAUGAUCGAGAAACAGAUUCUGGUAGGGAUUUCCAAAAAGAAUCACUUCCGAAACAAGAAGCGAAGAGUGGUUGUGCUAUCGACUAUAAAAAUCCCUUGCAAAUUUAUACAAAUAGCCAAUUGACACAAGGUACUCCUGUGCCACUUGCUAGCAAAAUAUAUUAUUCUCAGAGAAGCAAUCGUCUCCGAUCAGCUAUCGGCCAUCUUUAUUACAUGACAUCAACUGAUGGGCUUCUUGAUGACUUAGUAAGUAUAAGAAGAUGUGAAUGCAAGCUUGAUCUCAAUAGAGUUCUUUACUCAUGGGAAAUAGGUUGUUUUAAGAAUUAUUUUCUUCUUUGUUCUUAUAAUCUGAGCAAGUGUUUGAUGUCAUCUGACCCGUUUCGCUUAAUCUUACGAUGAUACUUGAUUUCCUAGUGUCUCUGCUAUGUUAAUAGCCUGUUGUGUUAGCCUCCUUUUUGCAUAUACUAGUCAUGUGAUAUUCUUAGUUUAUGUAAAGGCAUACUUGAUGCUGGGAGGCAGAUCCUUCAUAAUGCUAAUUGUUGGAGUCCUCACAUAGAUAUAAACCUUGUUGAUGGUGCAGGCUUUAUGAAUUCUGCUCUUAGCUAGUUUGACUUUGAAAAUGUGAGAAGUGCAAUAUUCAACUUUCUGGUUAUUGAGAAAGUGUAUCAUUUAAUGGUGAUACCACUGAAACUUGGGGACUUUCGUAUCCCACAACAAAUUAAGUGUUCUGUUCAGAAGAUGUUAAUUUUAUUAUCAUUUUUUGUGCAUGAUGCAAGGCAAAUCCCUAUUUCAUUUGCCUUUACGA